AUGUCUUUAUUUUUUUUUCCAUAUUUUCUUUUAUUUUCCCCCAUUUGCCUCUUCUUGACUCUUAAUGAGAUGAUAAAUGUUUCUCUUUCUUUCUAUAUUUAUUUAGUUUCUUUAUGUUUCCAGGCUUUUCUCAAUUUCUUGCUGCUUUUGUCUUUGUUUAUCCUUUUAGUUUUAUUUCUUUUGCCCUUUUCUUCUUUCUGUUCACCCUCCUUUCUGUUCGGCCUCUCCUUUCUUUUGCCCUUUCCUCCUUUCUGUUCGCCCUUUCUGUUCGGCCUUUCCUCCUUUCUGUUUGGCCUCCUUUCUUUCGCCCUCUCCUUUCUGUUCACCCUUUCUCCCUUUCUUUUGCCCUUUCCUUCUUUCUGUUCACCCUCUCCUUCUUUCUGUUCACCCUUUCCCUCUUUCUUUUGCCCUCUCCCCCUUUCUGUUCACCCUCUCCUUUCUGUUCACCCUCUCCUUUCUGUUCACCCUUUCCCCCUUUCUGUUCACCCUCUCCUCCUUUCUGUUCACCCUCUCCUCCUUUCUGUUCACCCUUCUUUCGUUUUCCCUUAUGUUCAUUUUCUGUCUUUCUACUUAAUUCUUAAAUUUUUCUCUUUUUAUCUUUCUCACUGUUCAUGA